GGACUGAAGCUGGAAACACAUCAGCCGUGUCCCAAUAAGAGGACCCCUCCUUGAACCCUGACCGGUGCAUCCCCAGGAGGAACCUGUGAGGAUGGGUCUGCUGAUCCUCUCCGUCAGAGACGCUCUUAUCUGCAUCGCCGUUUCAACAGAGACAAAGUCCGCUGAACUCACUGAUACCAGAGGUCAAAGGUCACCUUGCUGCUGACUCUGCAGAAACACGGCGAGGAGGAAGAGCUGCAACAGGAACCACUGGAACCAUAGGAACCACAGGAACCAGCAGAGGAACAAGACAGACAGGAAGAACGAGUCACCAACCGAAGACGGACUGAGACUUGGAGAGGAGGUUAGAAGCAGAAGACCUGAGAGUUCAGCACGGCUGAAGCUGUCUGUGGCUGAACCUCAGCCAGCUCCAGAGUCCUGCAGAGGAGGAGAACGUCUGCAGAACAUCUGCUGAUUUCAGGAGAACCACUGCAUGCAGCUCCUUGAGAGACCUUCUGGAGACGCUGGAGAAACUCAAGAGCAAAAUGGCUGUCAGCUCACCAAAAGACAAGUACCUGGGCGUCUGGCUGAUCUUCUUCAUGCUGGGUCUGGGGACGCUGCUGCCCUGGAACUUCUUCAUGACCGCCACCGUGUACUUUACCAGCCGUCUGAAGGACUCCCCAUUGGAGGACUCCUCAGCCAAUCAGACGGAGGCGUCAGGUGAGCGCAGCGUGUUGGAGGCCAGCUUCAACAACGUGAUGACGCUGUGUGCCAUGCUGCCGCUGCUGCUGUGCACCUGCCUCACCUCGCUGCUGCACACACUGGUGUCUCAGCGCGUCCGGGUGCUCGGCAGUCUACUCAUCAUCAUGUCCGUCUUCAUCGCCACCGCCGUCCUCGUCAGAGUUCCUCUGGAGCCGCCGACCUUCUUCAGCGUUACCAUGGUGAAGAUCGUCAUCAUCAACUCGUUCGGGGCGGUGCUGCAGGGCAGUCUGUUUGGGAUGGCAGGUCUGCUCCCGGCUUCGUACACGACGCCGAUCAUGAGCGGGCAGGGGAUGGCAGGAAGCUUCGCCGCCUUCGCCAUGAUCUGCGCCAUCGCAAGUGGAUCUGAUCUGCACGAUGCAGCGUUUGGAUAUUUCAUCACAGCCUGUGUUGUUAUUUUGCUGUCCAUCCUCUCCUACAUCCUGCUGCCCAAACUGGAGUUCUUCCAGUUUUAUCAAGAGAAGAAUCGGAACCAGAACCCGGAGAACUCUGUGAACCUGAUGAACACAGAGAGUAAUGGAGAGUCAGCUGAUCAGAGCGCCCAGCAGGACGUCUCCAUAAUAAAGAUCUUUAAAAAGAUCUGGCUGCUGGCUCUGUCUGUGUGUUUCACCUUCACCGUCACCAUCGGCACAUUUCCCGCCAUCACGGCCGACACCAAGUCCACCCUCCCCGCUGGAGGCUCCUGGGAGCGGUACUUCAUCCCCGUCAGCUGCUUCCUCCUCUUCAACCUGAGCGACUGGGCCGGACGCAGCCUGACCGCCUUCUGCAUGUGGCCACGGAGCGACAGUCGUGUACUUCCUGUUGCCAUCAUCUGCCGCCUGGUUUUCCCGCCUCUCUUCAUGUUGUGUAACGUUCAGCCCCGCCUGAACCUGCCCGUUUACUUCCACCAUGACGGCUGGUUCAUCUUCUUCAUGAUCCUCUUUGCCUUCAGCAAUGGAUACCUGGCCAGCCUCUGCAUGUGCUUCGGUCCAAAGAAAGUUCUUCCUCAUGAAGCAGAAACCGCCGGAGCCGUCAUGGCCUUCUUCCUGUCUCUGGGGUUAGCUCUGGGGGCCGGGCUGUCCUUCCUCUUCAGAGCACUGGUUUAACUGGAAACUACAUCUGUACUGGUUUAACUGGAAACUACAUCUGUACUGGUUUAACUGGAAACUACAUCUGUACUGGUUUAACUGGAAACUACAUCUGUACUGGUUUAACUGGAAACUACAUCUGUACUGGUUUAACUGGAAAUUAUAUAUGUACCCCCCCCCUUUUCCCCAGUUCGUGUUCAAACGUAUUCUUGUUAGUUAUUCUGGUUUAGGGUUAGCUGUAAACCCAGUUCACCAGAGCCCAGCUGACUGUUAGCUAGAGAACGUUAGCUAGAGAACGUUAGCUAGAGAACGUUAGCUAGAGAACGUUAGCUAGAGAACGUUGGAGAGAGAACGUUAGCUAGAGAACGUUGGAGAGAGAACGUUAGCUAGAGAACGUUAGCUAGAGAACGUUAGCUAGAGAACGUUGGAGAGAGAACGUUAGCUAGAAAACGUUGGAGAGAGAACGUUAGCUAGAGAACGUUAGCUAGAGAACGUUGGAGAGAGAACGUUAGCUAGAGAACGUUGGAGAGAGAACGUUAGCUAGAGAACGUUAGCUAGAGAACGUUAGCUAGAGAACGUUGGAGAGAGAACGUUAGCUAGAGAACGUUGGAGAGAGAACGUUAGCUAGAGAACGUUGGAGAGAGAACGUUAGCUAGAGAACGUUGGAGAGAGAACGUUAGCUAGAGAACGUUGGAGAGAGAACGUUAGCUAGAGAACGUUAGCUAGAGAACGUUAGCUAGAGAACGUUGGAGAGAGAACGUUAGCUAGAGAACGUUGGAGAGAGAACGUUAGCUAGAGAACGUUGGAGAGAGAACGUUAGCUAGAGAACGUUGGAUAGAGAACGUUAGCUAGAGAAUGUUAGCUAGAGAACGUUGGAGAGAGAACGUUAGCUAGAGAACGUUGGAGAGAGAACGUUAGCUAGAGAACGUUAGCUAGAGAACGUUGGAGAGAGAACGUUGGAGAGAGAACGUUAGCUAGAGAACGUUGGAGAGAGAACGUUAGCUAGAGAACGUUGGAGAGAGAACGUUAGCUAACAGGAGUAUUGACAAAUGAUGAGGAAGAACCCAGAGCGGGCAGCUCGAGAUGAACUGGUUUAACUGGAAAGAACUACAUCUCUUCUAAUGGUUUCUAUGUAUUACAUCAGGGAGUGAACUGGGAUCAUUGAACUGGGAUCAUUGAACUGGGAUCAUUGAACUGGGAUCAUUAAACUGGGAUCAUUGAACUGGGAUCAUUGAACUGGGAUCAUUAAACUGGGAUCAUUAAACUGGGAUCAUUGAACUGGGAUCAUUGAACUGGGAUCAUUGAACUGGGAUCAUUGAACUGGGAUCAUUAAACUGGGAUCAUUGAACUGGGAUCAUUAAACUGGGAUCAUUGAACUGGGAUCAUUAAACUGGGAUCAUUAAACUGGGAUCAUUGAACUGGGAUCAUUAAACUGGGAUCAUUAAACUGGGAUCAUUAAACUGGGAUCAUUGAACUGGGAUCAUUAAACUGGGAUCAUUGAACUGGGAUCAUUAAACUGGGAUCAUUGAACUGGGAUCAUUGAACUGGGAACAUUGAACUGGUGUUAUGGAAUACAGAACGGCUGCUAAUGGUCAAACCCAUGAAGAUAUUCCACCUGUUGUCAGCGUGACAUUUCUGAUCAAAUAAAGAACCU